UGUUGUGUCGCGCAGGCGCAGAGCGGCCGCGGCCGCCAUUUCGUUCGGCGGUGCCGGGGCCGGGUACGGGAGCGGCGGGAGGAGCCGCGGGCAUGAGUGCCCAGGCCUGCCCCCAGCACUGAGCAACCAGAGCCGCCGGGAGCCAGGCCAGGAUGCCGAUCCCUCCUCCCCCGCCGCCGCCCCCCGGCCCCCCGCCGCCCCCCACCCUCGGUCAGGCGAACACGGAGCCGCCCAAGCUGAGCCGGGAGGAGCAGCGGGGCCGUGGGGCCCUCCUGCAGGACAUCUGUAAAGGGACCAAGCUCAGGAAAGUGACCCAAAUCAACGACCGGAGCGCGCCCAUCCUCGAGAAGCCCAAGGGCAGUGGCGGUGGCAACUACAGCUCUGGCUCAGCCGCCAUCCAGCCCAAGGGUGGCCUAUUCCAAGGUGGCGUUCCCAAGCUCAGACCUGUGGGAGCCAAGGACAGCUCAGACAGCUCCACCAAACAGACCCUGCAAGUGCCCGGCUCCCGUGGAGCUGCCCCCAGGCCCCCGGUGCCGGCCAGCAACAGCCGCCCUCAGGACGAUGCCGACAGCAGCCGGGGGUCCCCGCCGGAGCUGCCGCGCACGCAGAGACCCUCCCUGCCCGACCUGUCCCGGCCCGGCACCGCCGGCAGCACCGGCAUGAAGCACAGCUCCUCGGCCCCGCCGCCCCCGCCACCGGGACGCCGCGCCGCUGCCCCCCCGGCCCCCCCUCCGGCGCACGCCAAGGCCUCGCCCUACAACCGGGAGAAGCCACUGCCGCCCACCCCGGGACAGCGCCCACCCGGCAGCAGGGACGGACCCCCCGCCCCGCCACCCAUCAAGCCCCCUCCCUCCCCAGUCAGCCUCCGGACGGGGUCGGGGGCUCAGGGCCAGUCUCUUGCCCCCCCGCCGCCCCCUUACCGGCAACCGCCCGGUGUCCCCAACGGCCCCUCCAGCCCCGGCAGCGAGUUGGCCCCGGAGCUGCCGCAGAGACACAACUCCUUGCACAGGAAGGCACCGGGCCCGUUGCGGGGUCUGGCCCCCCCGCCGCCCACUGCUGCCUCCCCAUCCCUGCAGAGCAGCCGCCCCCCCCCACCGGCCAGAGACCCCCCGAGCCGCGGAGCAGCGCCCCCGCCCCCCCCGCCGAUGCUGCGGAACGGGGGGCGCGAUGCCCCCCCGCCCCCGCCCCCCUACAGACUGCACGGCCCCGCCGAGCCCCCCAGCCGGGGGAAGCCCCCGCCGCCGCCCACCAGGACCCCGGCUGGGCCGCCGCCGCCGCCACCGCCCGUGCGGAACGGGCACCGCGACUCCAUCUCCACCGUCAGAGCAUUCCUGGAUGACUUUGAAUCCAAAUACUCCUUUCAUCCCGUUGAAGACUUCCCAGCCCCAGAGGAAUAUAAGUACUUCCAGAGAAUCUACCCCAGCAAAACAAACAGAGCUACACGUGGGGCCCCCCCUCUGCCCCCCAUCCCCAGGUGAAACCGGGCUGUGCAGGUGGAUUGUUCCGGAGCAGACACACGGACCUCCUUCCCCUCCCUCAGCUGGCCCCCCCAGCUCCCAGCCCCCCGGAUCCUGCAUG